AUGAGCUCUAUCAAUACCUCUUCCCUCGGGACUGCUCAGUCCAAUGCGUCAACCGACGAUCCCAUUGUGAUCGUCGGAAUGGCCUGCCGUCUCCCCGGUGGUGUUUCCUCCCCUAAUGACUUCUGGGAGAUGCUCAUCAACGAACGGACCGGGCAAUGCAAUGUUCCCAAGAGUCGUUUCAACGCCGAUGGAUUUUUCCACCCGGAAGGCGACCGUGCCGGUGUGAUGAAUACCAAAGGCGGCUAUUUCCUGCAGGAGGAUGUGCGCCAAUUUGAAAACUCCUUCUUUGGGAUCAACAAUCUCGAAGCCACCUACAUGGAUCCUCAGCAGCGCAAGCUGCUCGAGGUAGUUUACGAGUGCUUUGAAAGUGCUGGUGCAUCUCUCAAGCAGGUUGCUGGCGCAGACAUUGGUGUCUAUGUUGGCAAUUUCACCGUGGAUUUCCAGACAAUGCAGGCCAGAGAUCCGGAGUCUCUGCACCGAUACAGUGCGACUGGCUCUGGUACUGCGAUUCUUUCCAACCGUUUGAGUUACAUCUUUGAUCUUCGUGGUCCCAGUUUCACCCUCGAUACGGCUUGUUCAUCAUCAAUUUAUUGUCUUCACAAUGCUGUCAAUGCCAUCAAAGCUGGAGAAUGCGAAGGCGCCGUGGUGGCUGGUGCCAAUCUCAUCAUGGGCCCUGAGCAGCAUCUUGGAACCAUGAAGGGAGGUGUUCUCUCCCCAACCUCCACCUGCCACACUUUCGACGCCAGCGCAGAUGGGUACGGUCGUGCUGAGGGUGUGAGCGCUUUGUAUAUUAAGCGCUUGUCUGCUGCUCUGCGAGAUGGCGACCCCAUCCGUGCGGUGAUCCGGGGAAGUGCCGUGAAUGCUAAUGGCAAAACAUCCGGCAUCACUCAACCCAGUAUCUCGGGACAGGCAGAAGUCAUCCGCAAAGCAUACCGCGCGGCUGGACUGUCCGUGGAAGAUACAGAAUACGUUGAAUGUCAUGGUACUGGUACUGCCGUCGGUGAUCCCAUGGAGGUUGAAGGCUUGAGUCAAGUGUUCAAGCGCAAGGGAAGAUCGCCUUUGCUGAUUGGAGCGAACAAAACAAACGUCGGACAUAGCGAAGCAGCCAGUGGCAUCACGGCUGUGAUCAAGGCAAUCCUCACCUUUGAGCACCAGGCUAUCCCUGCAACCGUUGGUGUGACCAAGUUGAACCCCAAGCUCAAAUUGGAUGAAUGGAACAUGAAGAUCGUGACUAGACUGACCGAAUGGCCAUCGGCCAUGCGUCGUGUCAGUAUCAACUCGUUCGGUUAUGGCGGUGCAAAUGCCCAUGCAAUUGUGGAAGACCCGUAUCAAUAUCUGGCGUCGAUUAACAAAGUCCCCAAGGCAAUCACACACAAUCAACCCGCAGAUAAGACGUAUCUUCUCCCCCUGUCUGCCUCUACUGUCGAAGGAUUGGAGUCCCGGGUCACCGACCUGGGAAGUAGCAUCCGCAAUGGCGCACACUACGACUUUGUUGACUUGGCCCAUACAUUGGCAAACCGUCGAUCAAAGCUUUCUCAGCGUGGUUAUAUCCUCGCUAGUCAGGCGACUGCAACAAACGACCUGGUUGUCGACAAGUUGGUCACCCAAACCCUGCCUGCCUUGGACCUCGCCUUCCUUUUCACUGGACAGGGUGCCCAGUGGGCCGAGAUGGGCCGCGAGCUGUUUGACCAGAGCCCGAUCUACCGGGACACCAUUGACCGCCUCGACAAUGUGCUGCAAAAUCUACCCGAGCCCCCUGCAUGGUCGAUUAAGGCUGCGCUGCUGGAACCAGCUGCCAGCAGUCGCGUUGGUGAUGCGAGAUUCUCCCAGCCUCUGUGCACUGCAGUGCAAGUCGGACUUGUGAACGUGCUUAGCAGCUGGGGCGUUGCCCCUCAGAUGGUGGCCGGACACUCCUCGGGUGAAAUUGCUGCCGCAUAUGCCGCUGGAUUGUUGAGUGAAGCCCAGGCCAUCAUGGUCGCCCAUUAUCGGGGACAUGUUGUCGGGCAGCUCAAAUCGCAAGGAGCCAUGAUGGCACUUGGCGGUAGCGCAGAUGAGGCGCGACAGUCAAUCGCGGACCUCUCGCUCCAGGAGGAACUGGUGGUUGCAUGUGUCAACUCUCCUGAGAGUGUGACCAUCUCUGGCAGUGUCUCCGGCGUUGAAUCACUCUUGCAGACAGCGUCCCAGGCCGGAAAGUUCGCCCGGAAAUUGCAGACAGGCGGCAAAGCAUAUCACUCCUAUAUGAUGAAGGAGAUUGGCGAGGAGUACGAGCGACUCAUUGAGCAGGCAUGGCCAACUCUUCCUGCCAAUCCUAUCGAUAGAGAGACACAGUUCUUCUCGAGCGUGGGUAUUGACGGACCCAAUUGGUACAGUCGCAAGACUACCGCAGCGUUGCCACUCAGCUACUGGCGUCAGAAUCUAGAGAACUCCGUCCAGUUCUCCGCAGCGGUGACCAGAAUUCUGGAGAAUGGCAAAUGCCAUCUCAUCGAGAUUGGACCGCAUUCCGCCCUGCAGUUGCCCAUCAAGCAGAUCCGUACAUUCUUGAAAUUUUCCGUGGACGAUGCGCCGUACAGCUCUACCCUGGUCCGCGGGAAAAACGCUGAUAUCUGCAUGAAGAGUCUUGCUGGAGAGCUGUAUAUUCGUGGACAGGAUGUCAACAUCUUGGCGGUCAAUGAUACCGAUUCUGCCACCGCCAAGGUCAUUCCCGAUCUGCCCCCAUACCACUGGAGCUACAGCCAGCUGCUUUGGAGAGAAUCCCGACUCAGCAGCGAUCUUCGCAAUCGCAGCUAUCCUCGCCAUGAAUUGUUGGGGUCAGAAAUGGCCGCCGGCAACGGCAUUGACCGGGUAUGGAAGAACAUUGUGCGACUGAACGAGGUGCCCUGGUUGAAUGACCACAAGCUUGAGAGCCAGGUUGUCUUCCCAGCUGCUGGCUACAUCUCGAUGGCCAUUGAAGCCAUAUCCCAGAUUAAAGACCUGUCGAGAUCGGACUCGUCAUUUGUCUUGCGCAAUGUCAACAUCGCCUCGGCGUUGAUUGUACACACAGAUGAACAGCAACAGGCUGAGAUGUACACAACCGUCUCCCCCGCCCGGAUUUCCAAGGCUACCACCUCCAGCACCUGGUAUGACUUCUCCAUAUCCUCAUGGCAGGAUGGAGGCGCGGUCUCUCAUUGCACAGGUCGCAUCAGACUCGAUCAAAAGGCCUUGCCGGCCAUUACUGUUGAUACCACUCAGUAUGAGCAGUGGUCGAUGGGUUCAUGGUAUACCAAGUUGGCCGAGGAAGGACUUGUCUUUGGUCCUAAGUUCCAAUCGCUGGUCUCAAUGAAGACGGACAAGAAGAGAGUCAACCCAGCUGCAGUCUCCGAGACAGUCAUCACGCAACGAGUUGCUCGAUCAUCGUACCAAGGAGAUUACUAUACCGUGCAUCCGUUGACUAUUGACGCCUGCUUGCAGGCCGCCAUUAUGGGUGGCACGGCUGGCAAUCUCAACCGACUUCGCGCCCACCUACCCGUCUUCCUUGACCUUUGUGAGAUUAAUACCCCCAGGGCAGAGAGCGUAAAUUCAACUGGAUCCAUCCAUACUCUGUCUCAGAGCACCGGAUUCGGCACCAAGUCGAUCGAUGCGUCAUUGCACGAUGGCUCCGGCUCUGGUGUGAUCAACAUGCGCGGUGUCCGCCUAUCUCUGUACACUGGCAAGGCUGAACAGGAAGAAUCCGACACAGGUCGUCAUCCAUGCCUACGAGUUGUGUGGAAGCCAGACCUGGCCAGACUGACAGCAGAUGAUCAACCCCAUCUCCAAGAUAUCAUCAGCGAUUUCCUUCUAACCCAUCCCGAUUUGGCAGACAAUGGCAAGGUCGGCGUCGUUUCUGCCUUGUUGGAUCUGGCUGCGCACAAGAACCCUCGCCUGCGAGUAUUGGAGCUGGGCAAGGGGUGUGACUGCAAGAAGCAGGGAUGGCAGGAACUACUGGAUGAGAAGACCGAAUUCCCUCGUAUCCGAGAAUGGAAGACUGUGGAGAACGAGGAGAUCGAUGGGAAAUACGACAUCGUUUUGCUUCCUCAUGGCGCCGGCACCAAGCCGUUGAGAACGAUGGACCAGUUGCUGAGUCUGCUUGACGUCAACGGCAUCAUCGUUGCCCGAACAGAGAGUGUCAUGCCUACCACUCUGGCUGAGUCCGGAUGCACUAUGUUCGAUUUGCCUUUUGGAAUCACCAUGGCUCUUCCUCCUCAGCCACAGCGCAAAUGGAAUGGUCGUGUGGUCUUGCUUCACGAUCAAGCGUCCAAGAUGGCCGACGCUCUGCGCCAAUUCUUUGCCGCAGAUGGUAUCUCCUCUGCUCGUCUAGACGAAGUAACAACGGAGAUGAUCACGCAGUCUACUGUUAUCUCCCUACUGGAGAUGGAAACCCCCUUCAUCCCAAAUAUGACACCGGAGGAAAUGAAGCGUUUCAAAAUCGUCACGGACAAUGCUGCAGAACUAAUUUGGUUGACGGGCGCCUCUACCAUCACUGGCGAUGCUCCGGAUCUCUCCCUAGCCAGCGGUCUCUCAAGGGCUCUGAUGUUGGAACAGCCAGCUCUGCGCUUUGUUACCUUGGACGUGGGCAAAGGUCCUGACCGUAUCAGUCGGGAUGCUAUCUGCACCAAGGUCCAGCAUAUACUUACAGUCGACGACGUGGCCGAUGACAAGGAAUUUGUCUGGCACGAUGGCCUCCUCCACGUGAGCCGAUUCCUGCCUGACACCACCCUCAACGACCUUUUCAGCAAACGCGAGGCCAAUGAGAUUGAUACCAUGACUCUGGCCGAAGCGUCACCUGCUCAGCUGGCUAUCAAGCGCGUCGGCAUCACCGACUCGAUCUAUUUCCAACGUCUGGCUAAUCCCUCUACCGAGAUUCCGUCCGGCCAGGUUGAAAUCGAGGUAAAGGCCGUCAGUCUCAAUGCCAAAGAUAUCUACACACUGUCUGGCAAGAUUGAAACUCGCAAAGGCACGGCGGCCAUCGAGUUCAGUGGAAUUGUGCGUGGUGUUGCAUCGGACGUCUCGCAUCUCGCUGCUGGCGAUCGCGUGGUCGUCCUGGCCCCGAACAGCUUCAGCACGAUCGAGAGAGUGCCAGCCUGGGCCUGUCUGAAGAUGCUCCCGCACGAGAGCUUUGAAGUUAUGCCAACCCUGCCCGUUAUCUAUGGAACGGCGCUGUAUGCCCUUGACGAUCGCGCCCAUCUACGCGCCGGUGAAAGUAUCCUCGUGCAUUCCGGUGCCGGUGCCUUUGGAACAGCCACUAUUGCGAUUGCCCUGCAACGGGGAGCGACCGUGUAUACCACCGUCAGCACAGAGGAAAAGAAGGAUUACCUGGUGAACGAACUUGGAGUUCCUCGUGAGAAUAUCUUUGCCUCUCGCGAUGACUCGUUUGUCGCUGGCGUUCUGGCCGCCACCAAUGGCCGGGGUGUGGAUGUCGUCGUCAAUUCCUUGACGGGUGAUCUGCUCCAUGCCACCUGGCAAUGUUGUGCCAACUUUGGUCGCUUUGUGGAGGUCGGCAAGCGCGACAUUAUUGAUGCCGGACAGUUGGAUAUGCGCAUGUUCUUGCGCAACGUCACAUUCACUGCCUUUGAUCUGACCGAACUCUUCUACCAUGAAGAUGAACACUACCGCAACAUCUGGACCACUAAAUUCGCCGAGGCUUUAGAGCUCUAUCGAGCUGGGGCCGUCAAGCCAGUUCCCAUUGCCACUUUCGAUGUCAGUGAGAUCGCCCAGGCAUACCGCUUCUUCUCUACCAAGGGCCGAAUUGGCAAGGUCGUCAUCUCGUUGGAGAACCCCUCCAGUGUGAUUAGAGUUGCUCAUGCGCGCCAUCUAACCACCUUUGAUGCAAACAAAUCCUAUCUCCUCAUCGGUUGUCUCGGUGGACUGGGUCGCAGCCUCAGCCGCUGGAUGUUUGACCGCGGUGCUCGUCAUUUCACCUUCCUCGGUCGAACUGGAUGUGACAAGCCCGCAGCCCGUGAGCUGGUGGAUAACCUCGAGGCCUCUGGAGCCACUGUCCAAGUCGUCCGUGGAGAUGUCAUCAAUUCCAACGAUGCUCAGGCCGCAGUCGACGCUUGUAUUCGACCCAUCGGUGGUGUGGUUCAAGCCGCAAUGGGUCUUAGCGAAGCCCUCUUCUCCACCAUGACACACAAAGCCUGGCACACGGGCAUCCAGCCCAAGUGGCAAGGAACUUGGAAUCUGCACCACGCGCUCGAGGCGGGUGAUGACAGCCAACUGGACUUUUUCCUGCUCACCUCUUCCGUCUCAGGCAGUGUUGGUACAGCCACCGAGUCCAACUACUGCUCUGCCAACGGCUUCCUUGACGCUUUCGCACGGUACCGUCGCAGCCUCGGCAAGCCCAUUGUCUCCAUCGGUCUCGGCAUGAUAUCCGAAGUAGGCUACCUGCACGAAAAUCCCGAGAUCGAGGCGCUUCUCCUCCGCAAGGGCAUCCAGCCUUUGAACGAAGCCGAACUUAUCCAGGUCGUUGACCUCGCCCUCGCUUACACCUCUGCCAACGGGCCGGAGUCACUGGCACCGGGUCUCGAGUACGAUCGACUUUCUGCCUCGCAUAUCCUCACAGGAUUGGAACCACACGGAAUCCGCAAACUGCUCGACCGCGGAUUUGACGUCAAUAACGGCACGAUGCAAGAUCCUAGAGCGGUCCUCUUAUCCGCCUCGCUCGAUUCGCCCGCUUCUCAAGAUUCAUCUUCUGCCUCAUCAUCUGCCACCUCGCUCUCUGCCCUCCCCUGGGCCGCAGGUCUGUCCGCUGGUGUCCUCAAGUCUAUGGUGGCGACCAACAAGGAUAUCGCAUCCGCCUCCACUCUCAACGAAGCAGUUCUUCUCCUAGUUAGGAAGCGGUUCUCGAACCUUCUGCUUAUGGGAUUGGAUAAGAUUGACUCGGUUAAGCCGAUCACCUCGUACGGAAUGGAUAGUAUGAUUGCGUCGGAGUUCCGAUCCUGGUUCUACACGGUGUUCAAGGUUGAUAUUCCUUUCUUGGAUGUUCUGAACCAGACCUCUACCCUACAGAGUUUGUCCGAUGCUGUUGAGAGCAAAUUGGCUCUUUAG